AUGACGCCAAAACUUCAAGGUGGCCUUAAUAGUUCCGUUAUUCUUACCAGCCUCGACUACAACAACUACACAGGUAAGCUGCUUUCCUACCUAGAGCCAGUCCUCCUGAGUUCAGAGUGGAGCAGGUUUGUGAAGUGUUGGCACGCUAAGACAGACGGCUGGGCGGCAUCGACAUUCCACAGCAACUGUGAUGGGAGGGGACCCACAGUGACAAUCAUCAAAGUGAACGAUUCCAUAUUUGGUGGAUACACUGACGUAUCAUGGAGCAGUUCCUGUUUUUGGUCUUACGCCACCAAAGCCUUUUUAUUCUCAUUUAACAACAUCAAAGGAUACAAUCCUGUGAAGCUGACACAAUACCGAAACCAGCAACACGCAAUGUACACAUGUUCCUCAUACGGACCCACUUUUGGCUCGGGAUUUGACAUCAAAAUACAUGACGACGCUGUAAACAAUCAACGUUCUUAUACUUUAUGCGGUGGGACGUACUCCAACCCCAAGGAUUAUUUAGCAGGAAAUUGUGGAUUUUUCACAGGAAGUUAUUAUUUUAUUCCAUCUGACAUUGAAGUUUUCUUCGAAAUAGGUGGCCUUGGUGCAUCUGAUAUUCUUGGAAGCCUGGACCCCAAUAAAUACUUGGGAAAGCUGAUCUCCUUUUUAGACCCAGUUCUUCCCACUCCAUCCCAUGGUAACUUUUUUAGGUGUUGGCACGCUAAGACUGACGGCUGGGCGGCAUCGACAUUCCACAAUAACUGCGAUGGGAGGGGACCCACAGUGACAAUAAUAAAAGUGAACGAUUACAUAUUUGGUGGAUAUACUGAUGUGUCCUGGAGCGGAGCUGGUUCUUGCGCAGGUUAUUCUUACGCCAGUAAAGCUUUCAUCUUCUCUCUCUAUAACGUCAAAGGAUACAAUCCCGUAAAGUUGACACAAUACCAAAAUCAGCAAUAUGCAAUGUACAGAUGUAAUACGCAUGGACCCACCUUUGGCGCUGGGUGUGGUCAUAAUAUCCACAUAUCCGACGACUCUAGAAACAACGGAAACUCCCACACCAGAUGCGGUUGUACGUACACGACACCCUCAGGGUACUCAACUGGUGACUGUGGUUUUUUUACAGGGGGAUCUCAUUUCUCUCCAACGGACGUCGAAGUAUUCUAUGAAGCAGGUGGCCUUAGUGCAUCUAUUAUACUUAGAGGCCUGGACCCCAAUAAAUACUUGGGAAAGCUGAUCUCGUUUUUAGACCCAGUUCUUCCCACUGCAUCCCGCACUGACUUUGUGAGGUGUUGGCAUGCUAAGACUGACGGCUGGGCAGCAUCAACAUUCCACAGCAACUGCGGUGGGAGGGGACCUACAGUGACAAUCAUCAAAGUGAACGAUUACAUAUUUGGUGGAUAUACUGAUGUGUCCUGGAGCGGAGGCAGGCAUAUCAAAUUUUUUAAGAGGGGACAAGACAAGUUUAUAGGAUCAACUAUCAUUCCCUUUGGGAUUUAA